AUGGAUUCGUCGGGCUCUACGGCUUAUCAGACUUUGUGGCUUGGGUCACCGAGCCCCGGGCUUGCUGAGGCAUGGGCUUGUCAUGCUAUACGGCUCGUCGGGCUUUGCGGCUUGGCCCACCGAGGCUCGGGGUUGCCGAGGCAUGGCUCGUGGGACUCUACGACUCGUCGAGGCCUUGGUGGUUCGGCCCACCAAUGCUUGGGCUUGGAUGAAACCUGA